UUCCCCACUCCUGUCUCUGUCUGUUUAAAUAUCGGGCUGGGAAGUGUGUGUACAGUUCAGGGUCAGUCUCAUGACCAUGUUUCUCCUGACUCCAGUCUUGGCAGCAGUUGCCUGCAUUUUGAUUGUGUGGCUCUUUAAAAAUGCUGGUAGAAGCAUCGAGAGAAGAAAGGGGGAGCCUACAGGCAGGGCCGAGGCUCGUCCCUGGAUGGAUGAAGACUUCAAAGACAGCACUGACCUCUGCCAGGUGGAAGAAGAUGCUGACGAAUCGCAAGAGUCAGAGGAAAACGUUGAACACAUCGCGUUCUCUCACACCCGGUACCCAGAGAAGGAAAUGGUUAAGAGAUCCCAGGAAUUUUAUGAACUUCUCAACAAGAGACGGUCUAUCAGAUUCAUAAGUAACGAGCAAAUCCCAAUGGAAGUGAUUGAUAAUGUCAUCAGAGCAGCAGGAACAGCCCCAAGUGGGGCCCACACUGAGCCCUGGACCUUUGUGGUCGUGAAGGACCCGGACACGAAGCAUAAGAUUCGGGAGAUCAUUGAGGAAGAAGAGGAAAUAAACUACUUGAAAAGAAUGGGCCACCGAUGGGUUACAGACCUGAAGAAACUGAGAACCAAUUGGAUUAAAGAGUACCUGGACACAGCACCUGUUUUGAUUCUCAUUUUUAAACAAGUGCAUGGUUUUGCUGCAAAUGGCCAAAGAAAGGUCCAUUACUACAGCGAGAUCAGUGUUUCCAUCGCUUGCGGCAUCCUCCUGGCUGCCCUGCAGAAUGCAGGACUGGUGACUGUCACUACCACUCCUCUCAACUGUGGCCCCCGUCUGAGGGUGCUCCUGGGCCGGCCCACGAAUGAAAAGCUGUUGAUGCUGCUCCCCGUGGGGUACCCCAGCCAAGAGGCCACGGUGCCCGACCUAAAACGCAAAUGUCUGGAUCAGAUCAUGGUGACUGUGUGACCAGCAGGGAGAGGCUGGAAGAUGAUGCCCCUACUGGCUCUCCUCUUCCUCUCGGGUCUGCGGGAUGCUCUUUGUCUGCGUGUUAGCUCUCCCUCGCCUCCACCUCACAGGGGUGGCCACUGUGUCACGACACCUUUCCCCGUUCUCCAUCACUUUGAGUCUGAUAGACAGCGUGACGAGGCGAAUACAUAGAAUAACAGGUCAGCAGAUACAUUCUCUUCGAUUUCUCAUCCGCUUUGGAAAUGCAUUAAAAUUUUUC